AUGGUGAGCUCGGGCGAAGAUCGAAAUACUUCGACAAAAACUGCAACACAGCCACCAACAGCAACAGUUGAUGAUGGAGCAAGUGAUUCAGAUGGAGAUGCUGCUGAAGAUGUAAGUCACCCUUUUUCGAAAGUUUUUUGUGUUUGAACGGAGUUUUUGUCUUUUCAGAUUCUAGAAGAAUCUCCUGAUAAGAGAUGGUCAAAACGACGAGAACAAGUCAAACAACGAGAUGUUCCUGGAAUUGAUGUUGCAUAUUUGGCUAUGGAUAAUGAAACUGGUAUGUUUUUUUUUUGGGAAAAUUGAUAUAAUCCACUCAGGUAAAAAUAAUUAAACCUUGUGGUUUUUGACUUGCUCUGUAUGAACUCAUUGUUAAAAGUUCUUUAGCUCAAUUCUGAUAAUGAGUUAUCACGUGAAAAUCCCUUAAAAGCAACGUUGUACAGAGCUGAAAGCUUAAAAACAUUCUGCGUAAAAUCUAAAGUCAGUGAUUUUAUUCUGAAGAGUUUCAAAAUCUGGACAACACUUUCAUUUUAGAUUCCUGUGAAAAUUAUAUUCUCUAACUUCUGAUCAUAAGGUUAGAUUUUUCGAAAGUUUGCCACGUCGUACUCACUUUUGAAAUUGAGCAUUUUAGCAGCUUAUUUCCAAAAAAAAAAUUUGAUUCGAAUGGGAAUUUCUAAAGGUCGCCAAUAAAAAUUGAUUAAAAACUAAUAAUCAUAAUCAAAAUUUUCCGAAAAUCCUAAGAAUUUAAGAUCCUCUAUUUUUUCUCCCUCCCAAUUUUGAAGUCCCAAAUUUAUCACUAAAUUUUUACAGGUAAUGAAGUAGUUUGGAACGAAGUUCAGUUUUCGGAGCGAAAAAAUUUUCGAGCGCAAGAAGAAAAAAUCAACGCCGUAUUCGACAAUUUGACACAAUUGGUGCACACAAAUUUGGUGAAAUUUCAUAAAUAUUGGACAGAUUCAAAAUCGGAAAAACCUAGGGUUAGUUAUUCAUUUUUUCUCAAUUUUUUUCCCAUCUGAAUUCCUUUUUUUGUUCAGAUAAUAUUUAUCACUGAAUACAUGUCGUCUGGAUCAAUGUCGGCAUUUUUACAACGAACACGAAAAGCUGCAUCACCAUUGUCAAUAAAAGCAUGGAAAAAGUGGACAACUCAAAUUUUGUCAGCUCUAAAUUAUUUGCAUUCUUCGGAACCCUCAAUUAUUCACGGAAAUUUGACAUGUAAUACGGUUUUUAUUCAACAAAACGGGCUUAUAAAAAUUGGAUGUGGUUAGUUUUUUUCUGUUCUCUCGAAACGUUUUUUUCUCUUCAAAAUCUUGUGACCAAUGAGUCAGGUCAUAUGAUGAAAAUGUCAUUAUUUUCGAGCAAAUUACGAAAUAAAAAAUGAUCAUUUAACUAAACGAUUGAUCAAUUUAUCAAGUUUUUUGAAUAUGGGAAAAAAUUCUUUAAUUUUCAUCAAAAAUCCCAGCAACGACAAAAUAAAAAAAAAAAUAAAGUUAGUUUAAUAUAUGGAUUUCAUUUCAAUACUGAAUAACAUUCUAUAUUUUACCAUUCACACUCAAAUUUCUGAUAUUCAUAUUGACAGACAGUGUGCAUUUGUUUUACUUAUAUGUUCUUUGUUUCGUUAUCAAAAAGCAUGGUUUUUUUCAACGAAAAAAUUGAGUGUCGAUUUAUAUUUGCAUUUCACAUCCCAAAAAAAAUAAUUUUGAGUCAUUUGGUUUUCUAUGAAAAAAAUGGUUUUUAUUCGACAUUAAAUUUUUUUAAAAUUAUAUUAAUUUACAAUUAAAUUCAUCAUUAUUCUCAAAUGUCUUCCUCUCAAUAUUAAUUGUGACAAGAUCUCUUAAAUAAUAUCAAAGAAAACAAUUUGGGAUGAAAAGUUGAUUAUAAAUCUCCAAAAUAUUCAUGAUUUUCCCAAUUCAGGUAUAUCGAUGUGUAAAGACGCCACUGGGCACAAUUUGCUUGGUAUGUAAUAGUUAGCAAAAAUCUUGAAGUAUUGUCAAUCCGAAAAUAAAAGAACCCCCGUUUGAAUUGGCGGUCACGUACAGUAGACUAAAUAUGACGUGACACAUGCACAUCAAACUGGUUGGCAAAUAGCCAGCGUGUAAAUUUCGCAUUUUAUUUUUCAAAUAGACUCCAAAAUUUUGCGAAGUCUACUGUAGUCUUGGUUUCCUAGGCCAUUUCGGUUCUCUUCCAAGGUUCUUUUUUUUUUUCGGAAUGACAAUAUGAAUUUUGAAAAAAAAAUUGAUGAAAUCGCCAAAAAAAACUGAGUUGUUGAAAAUUAGCAAACAUUUUUAUACUAAAUAAAAUUUCGAAAAUUUUGCAAAAUGAGCUAGCUGCCUAUAGGUUUUUAUUUGAUUGUGAGAAAAUUUUAUAUGAAAACUGGAUUUUUUUUUAGUUUUCGAAAAAACGUGAACUUCCACGUGGAAGUUGGGAUAUCAUUUUCGAAAAAAAAGAAUUUCAAAGAAAUGAAAUAUUUUUUUUAGUUUUUUUUGCAUAAAAUCGUGAACCUUUUCAUAUUUUGAAAUUUAUAGUUAAUUUCAAAGACAAAUUUUUUGGAACUGACUUUUUUCAAAUUUUUUAUGAGGUUUUGUUUGUUUGAAGUGGACCAAGAACCGAAAUUUCAAAUUAUACAUUUUUAAAAUUAAAAUAAUUUUCAACAAUGUAAUUUUUGAAGAUUUCAUCAAUUGAAAGUUAUUUUUGAAUUGAAUUCAGCAUUGAGAUUUAUCUCAAAAAUGACGAAUUUUCUAUUCAAGAAUCACUAUUUCAAAAAAUCUAAAAAUAAAAUGUUGGCUUGCUUAUAAAAUAUUUAGUUGCAUGUGUGUUUUUUUUCAAAUAAUUUCUUGCUUUUCUCGGAAAUGUUGUUGUUGUUCUAACUUUUGAUGAUUUUUAGAAAAAAAGAAUCGAAAUAGAUAAUUCGAUCCCUUUUCAACAAUAUAUUUUAUUGUGAUUCCUUUUUUCGCAAACAAAAUUACCAUCCAGUGAUAUGGUACACGUUGUUUGCUGAUUAGAUCACAAUCUCCUUCAUCUUCGUCUUUUUCGACUUCCCGCAUUUUCUCCUUUCGUGUAUUUCUUCUCUCACAAUCCCGAUAUUUAUUGUUGAUUUUUGUGCCGUUCCAAUGAGUGCCUGGUGCGUGCGCAAAAAUUGUGCACAUUAGAAAUAGGUAAAAGUGCAACAAAAGAGUACUAUGGCAAAUAUUCAAAAAGGAUCAUGAACAAAUUAUGAAAUGAGAAGAGAGAGAGAGACAAACUUUUUAACAACAACAAAACCAAAAUAUACAUCAAACUACAAGUAAAAACAUCAAUCAACAAACAAUUGUGCUUCUUUUGUCCUUUUUCUUUACACGUUGUGCAUAUGUCAAAUCCCUAUUCUAUCCUAGCUUUUUGUUUAUUAUUUAUAAUCAACUGAAAUUAAAUAAAAUAUAUUUUUCAGUUGCUCCGGAUGCAAUCAAUCAUCAUGUUAAAACAUGUCGUGAAAAUAUGAGGUUUAUGCAUUAUAUUGCACCAGAAUAUGAAAGUAAGAUAAACCGUGUUUUCUCAUUUAUCAAAAAAAAAUAUUAAAUUUAAGGUUGUACCGAAGUGAGCACAGCGGCUGAUAUAUAUUCCUUUGGAAUUUGUUCAUUAGAAAUUGCUGUUAUCGGUGGAUUAUCUGGUUGUCAAAAUGGAAGUUCUGAAGGUCCAGUGACUGAAGAUGUUAUCGAAAAAGCUAUCAAAUCAUUAGAAGAUCCACUACAACAAGAUUUUAUUCGACAAUGUUUGAGGAAAAAUCCGGAAGAACGACCGACUGCUCGCCAAUUGUUAUUUCAUCAAAUUCUAUUCGAGGUUUGUAUUUUUUUUUAAAUUUUCUUGUUCUAAUUUAUAAAGUAUAUUUUUCCAGGUUCAUUCAUUAAAACUAUUAUCUGCUCAUGCAAUUGUAGAUUCAAAACGAUAUGAUGAUGUAUCAGAUAGUGUUUUUCGAAUAGCCGAUAACGAAAAGGUACGGUCAUUUUUCUAUCCAAAUAUUUGUUGUCUCUCGAAUUCAAAUGCUAUUUUCCUGAUUUCAGAUUGCUGCAACAUCCAAGUUACGAGAAAUGGCAUAUUGUCAAGUUGCAGCAUUUCAAUUAGAUUUGGAAAAGUUUUUGGAUGAUGUGAGGAAUGGUAUUUAUCCGCUUACAGCUUUUGCACCUUUGGCUCAUCAACCUUCAACAACUCUUAAAGCAUAUUCAUUGGUUUGUUUUUUUUAAACCAUAUUCUAAAUAAAGAGAAUUGAAUUUCAGCAAAAUCCCACAGCUUGUCUUUCACAUGAACCAUCUUCUCAAAAAGAACCAACUGAUAUUUCAAAUAAGUCAACAACAACAUCAACAGUAGUCGCUGAACGAAAAGAUGAACAAAGUCAUCAGAAUUUGAAUGGAACUAAAAAUGCGAUAAAAGAAACACCGACAAAAUCUUCGAGUCCUGAAAUUGUGACUGAAAACAAAGAAGAUGUUCCCGGUCCUAUAAUGAAUCAGUCAAUAAACAAUGGUAUUACAACAAAUACAAUAAAUAAUGAGAGUAAUAUAAUAAAUGGAAAUGGAACAGAUUCAAGUACACCUCCACCGGGAACUGAAGAUAUUAGUGGAAUUGCUGGAGAUGGAAGUGUUCGAAGUGAAAAUCGACAUAUUCUUGAGAUUAAUGUUCAUAUUGAAGACGAGUAUGUUUUUUGAAUUUAUUCAAAUAUUUUUGUUUGUUUUUUUUUCAGUGAAGUAUCGAUAGUUCUAUUAUUAGAAGAUCAAAUGCAUCGACAAUUAACAACAUCACUUUCAAAAACAGACACUGCUGGUUCGCUUACAGAAAAUUUAGUGACUCACGGAUUCGUGUGUCAGGUAAGCUUAAGAAAUCAUACUUGACCCUAUCGCCUUAUUUGAACCGCUUUAGUAUUAUUAUUAAUAUAUUUGAGAAAAAGAUAAAAGGUCACAGCGCGAAGAUGAGCAAAUAAUUGAGAGAAUUAUAGAUUUAGAUGAUGUGUACUGUAGAUUUAUGUAGAUAAACAGUUAUUUUUUCGGGAAUAAUAGUUUUUUUGCAGCUGGAUUCGGAAGGUGUUGAAAUGGCAAUACAAGAAGCAUUUGAAAUUCGUGCAAAACGAUUAGCUGAAGAAUAUAUCGAAUCAGAUGAACUAGUGAAUAGUAAUGAAUUGGUAAAUGGAACGAGUUCACAUAGUUUGACAACGAGUACAACAACAAUUAUUACAACAACUACAACGACUACAACAACAUCCUAG